AUGUUGACAUCCGUACAGUCCGUGAUGUCAACGUCGUCGUCACCAGCUAGUAUCACGCAAUCAUCGUUAUCAUCACCUCCAUCCGCAUCCACAUCCUCAUCGUGUUUGUUAUCAUCACUAUCAACCAAUAGCCACAACCCAUCCACCGCAGCUGCUGCUGCUGUUGGUCUGUUCCAGCUGACGUCGUCAGCAUCGUCAUCCCCAUCAUCGGUUGUUCCGGCGCCGGCGGGUUCUCCGGCUGUCGCUCCCAUCACCACCCAACUGCUACAACAGCCAUCACGGAAGCUGAGAGGUCACGCCAGCUCCAUCACGUCGUCUUCGUCGACAUCGUUGCUCAUCAACCACCUGACCAAUCCGAGCACGCGAGCCCUGUCGCCAUCUGCCGGCAGUCUGCUAAAGCAUCAACUGGCGGGGACGGCAGCCGACUACAACACCAACGCCAACAAAAUGGCGACCAGUCUCAUCAAAGCAGGCUGUACCAAAAAGUCUUUGUCGUCAUCAUCAUCAGCGUCGGCGGCUGCGAACGUGAACGUGAACGACAUUGCCGCUGGAUUGGCAAAUGCCGUCGCCGCAGCCGUGGCUGACGCCGUCACCGUUGCCACCAUUGGUCGCAAUCUUAAUCUCAAUCUAAAUAACUAUUCGCAGCUGCGUCAGCAGCUGGAAAUGCAAUCCACCAAUAGCAGCAACACCACGACAUCCCCCUCCUUCUCAGCACAGAUGUCAGAAACAUCUGGUGGCGGUGGAGGAGCAGCCAACAACAUCAGCGGCAGUCAUAUGUUAAAGCAGUUUCUCAAUCAAUCCAGCAAAAGCAUCAGAAACAAUCAACAGCCGCAUCGUGGUGCCAGUUCUGUUGUAGCAGCUGUGAUCGAUGGUAUUAGUUCCAGCGUUGGCGCUCGAAACAAUCUACAUGGUGGCGACAUCUGUUUGCAAUAGCAACACAUACGGCAGCUCGGGUGGAUGGAGAACAGCACAGAGAUGGAUGUUGGAAAAGCGAGCAGUUGUUUGCUUUAAUUCUAUAGAAAAUCUAGUUUCUUAAUAGUCUCUCGUUAGUAGGAUUCUCUUAGCAGUAGUGAAGCGAUAAGUAAAUCGACAAAUAAUCAUACAAAUCAGCGAGCGAAGCCAGAAAACUCCCCAAAUCGCUCGGCGCGCAGAGCAUAGAGUAUGUAUGUGUGUGGAUCAAAUCAACCGCGUGUUAAAUACAGAACAGCAGGGACACCGAUUGAGAUCGUUUCUUGGUGAAUACUAGUUGGUAGUUAUGUUUCCGUUUGACCUAUACGAACAUAAAUUAGAAGCAGAAAUGUCCCCUUGGUAAAUUGAUUGGAGAGAGCAGCAAAGAAGGCAAGGUUUUUCUCCCCGCGCCGCGAGUUUUCUUCUCAAAUGUCAAGUAACACUUUUCUCAAAAAAGGCUCUGCUCCGGCUCUGGCUUUCAGCCGCACACCACGCAAUGCAUUACGUGCUAGAAAGACAAAGACAGACAGCGAAGAAAAGGAAAGUACCCAUCGAGCAGCUGGUAGCUCGGAGCAUGAGCAAAGAGAGAAGUGAAAUCAUUUUAAUUCAAAUAAAUUAAAUUAAUUUAUACAAUGUGAUAUUUUUGUCUAUAUAUGUUAGCUAAUAUAAUAUGUAAUUAAUUAAUGGAAAAUAAGAAACUAAGAGAAGAAACCAACAUACUUGAGGAGAGGAGAGAAUGCCGAGAACGCAAAUGAACAUAUGUCGAAAGCGCGCAGAGAAAGCUUCAAAUUCUAGAAUUAUUAUUUUCUCGUUUGAAUCGCGUAAAUGAUUUUUUGGAACAAACCCUACUUAGCACUGCAAACAAAUGUCGGAGAAACUAAAAAAAAUAUAUAAAAUUUCGUGAAAAAAAUAAUUGUUUUAGCUCACACAGAAACAAAAUAACGCUUUAAUAUUGUUCAUGUUCAAAUUUAUUUCUUUGGGAUGAUUUAUCUUUUAAAUUUUUACCAUUUUUCCUUUGCAUUGACUUUUUUUUCUAUCAAACCUGUGUAAAAAGAUUAGUUUUAGACAUUUUCUUUAUUUAGUAGCAAAUUUCGUAAUUUUAUGCGGUUUGCAAUCGAUUACUUUAUAUUUCCUCCCACAAUUAGGUGUUCAAAUUUUCAAAUAAUUCAGCUUCAUAUAAAACAAGAAAAAAAAACAAAAUACAAAAAAUAAGCUAUUGUUAGUUAUAAACAUUUGUUUUAGUCGCUACUUUUUAACAAACAAAUAAAAACAAAAACAACUUGAUAGGUAAACAAAACACUACAACAGAAGAAGAGAAUGUGAGAUAAGGGCGGGAAAAGAAGAGCGGAGCAAACAAAUGAAUCACAGCUGAAUUUAUUUAAGGCACAGACAGCGGAAAAUUUGAAAUGCGAAAUAAAAAAACACACACACACAAAAGAAGAAAAAUCAUUGUGACAAAAUAAACAUAAAAGGAAAAAACAAAAAUAAGAAUUGAUAUAAAGGCUAAAAUGAUAAACAAAAAUAAAUUUAGUAGCUUCAUAUGUGAUUAUAACUCUAUGAAUAAAUAUUUCAAAAAGUACAGUAACAAUAAAACAAAGUUGAAAAUCUGAAAA